AUGCGAUGGUCGAUCGAAAACUCGAUCGAUCGUCGCGGAGGAGUUGGAACAGGGAAGGAUCCGGCAGGGGAAGAUUUUCUUGACAGAUUUGUUCUUGGAUCGAUGAGAGAGCGCUCCGAGAAGAUCUUUUAUCGAGGACUUGGUUGUACAGGGUUAGGGUUUGAGCUGAUCGAUGGUACGAGAGCUCUGAUCGAGCGCGCUAGCGUCUUGAUUUCCAGGGGCGCUGGGGCUGAAUCGGUGCGCGGCGCGGCACAGGGUUUGCAGCGAGGGAUGAAUCACCCGCGAUCGUUUGGGAGCAACGGGGUCGGACGUCGCAGCCCGGCACAUCGAUCGGAUGCCCCGAAUUGGAGGUCUGAUGAGGAGCUGAGGGGUGGAGCUCACGACGUCCAUGGCCGUCUCCUCUAUCUCACGAUGUGCUUAGUUGGGCAGUUCGUCGAGGUCCAGCUCAAGGAUGGCUCGGUCUUUUCGGGGAUUUUUCACACUGCGAAUAUGGAUAAAGAUUUCGGAGUGGUUCUUAAGAUGGCCAGGCUCACAAAGGAAGCCGGCGGGAAAUCUGGAAAGGGUGACGCUGUGAAGCAGGCUGCACGGAAACCACCGACGAAAUCGCUUAUCAUUUACGCAAAAGAUCUAGUGCAGAUCGAUGCUAAGGAUGUUUCUCUCACCGGGGAAUACCUUCCGAAUGGUCGUUCUCGCGAAAAUAAGAACGAGCUUCUGACUGAUUCAUUUAUCUCCCAAAACCGACGCGACACGGAGAGGGAAUUGAAGCCUUGGAAGCCUGACAGCGAAGCUCCGAGAAAUCUGGGACUGGACACUACCUUCCAGAACUCUUGGAACAGAAAUUGGGAUCAGUUCGAAACAAACAAAGCCUUGUUCGGAGUUGAAACCACAUUUGACGAGGAGUUGUAUACAACAAAGCUGGAGAAGGGUCCUCAAACGAGGGAACGAGAAAGAGAGGCCUCCAGGCUAGCGAGAGAAAUCGAGGGUGAUUCAACGAGGAACAAUCACUUGGCUGAGGAUCGUGGCGUCUCGGACGCCGAGCUGGAUACUCUUGAUGAAGAAAGUAGGUUCUCUUCGGUCUUGAGAUCGCAUACCGAGGGUGAUGGAGAAGAUGAUCACCACAAGGCCGCAAACAGCUGGAAUGAAGAAACUUUUGGUAGCGUCUCUGGAUCGACUGAAAGCAAUGUCAGUACGCCUACGGCAGUGGAGCGGCCUCUGCAGGAUUCGUCUCAGCAGGUUCCAGCAACAUCGUCACCACGGUCAUCUGCAUCAGCUAGUGAUGCUGGUCUUCAGGCACUAAAUCUAAAUACCAGCGUUUCUGAAGAAGUGUUGAGGGACUUCCGCGACUUCAAGGAAACUACGAAGAACUCGGGCACGAACUCCGUUUCAUCUUCUCGGCCACGUAGUCCGAUCAAGCCAGCUGCACCGAAAGCGUCCGAGUCUCCCUCGCCAGAAAUCGAAGCAGACAGGCCAUCCACACCGGCUGCUCCAGCAUCUGCUGCCAACAAUUCUGCUACGGGCAACAAGAAGUCGUUGUUAAAUCCGAACGCAAAGGAGUUUAAGCUAAAUCCGAAUGCAAAGGUGUUCACGCCGAGCUUUCCCCCAGCAAGGCCGGCUUCUCCAAUCAAUCCGAGUCCAAUCUACGUGCCCGCGGGAGUUCCGGUUGCCCCGAUGCAAGGAAUGCCCGUGUACAUGCAGCAGCCCGGACAACCGGCUCAAUAUACGCAGUACAAUAACACCAUGGCUGCGACUGGUGUCACGACUUCGCCUUACAUUCAACCUUCUGCGACUUUCAUUCCAGGUCCUGCUGGUCCUCCGAUUAAGUUGCCUCCACAAACACAAGCACAGGUUGGUGCAAGUCCCUACGGACAGCAACAGGCAAUACGCUAUAUGCCUCCAACGAUGCAACCUACACCCGCUUAUCCUCAUCCAAACCAGUAUCCACAGCAAGUCAUCUAUGGACAACCUCCCCUCGUUUACAUCCACCAAUAUCCUCAGGCUAUGAUGCAAGGACAACCGCUGCAGAUGCAGCAAGGACCGCUUGGACCUCCUUCGCAACUCUCGCAGCCUCAGACAGGAGGUGAAGGAUUGCAUUCCAACGUUUUGGUAGGACAAUCUCCUCCUCUCCAGUCUCCACUCCACAGCCCAGUUCCUCGAUCGCAAGCGGUGCCAGUGUCGGUAGCAAGCUCCAGCGGUGCUUGGACUGGUUAAACGGGAAGUGACGAUGAAGAAAUAGUGAGAGAGGGAGAGCGAGACGCGAGAGAGAAAAGUGUGUGAGAGCUAACAUGAGAAGGAGAGUUUUUGAUCGGUUUUGCUGAGAGCAGUGUAAUUAAAUCGUGGAAACUAAUACUAACUUUGGUAGGCUUAGUGUAAGAAA